ACAACGCCAAACUGCGCUUCAAACACAACAGGAGAGCCGACACACACUGCCGUUCAUCGAACCCAACAUUAACCCAACAUGUACAAGGUUGAUUUACCGGUGGAUGAGUCAGAGCAGCGGGCGGUGGAGCGGCGUCGGGCCGCAGAGGCUGAGCGCAAGAGCCGAAUAUUCAACAGCAGGAGCCGCGUGAUCGGCGUGGACCUGCGCGCGCUCCACAAACAGCAGGACGACAAACGAGAUCGACUGGAGAUGGAGAAGCAGCGAGACAUGGCUCAUGAUCUGUUGCGCUUAUCCCUGGAUGAAACGGCACUGCAACAGAAAAAAGAGGAUGAUGAGUUGCGAAGAGAGCUGGCUCAGGACAUGGUACAGUUUCGAGCUAUACAUCAACGUGCUGAGGACAGUCGUGAUGCAGAUAUCAAUUAUGACCGACAGGAGGCGCCAGAUGCCUGUAUUUCUGUCUCAGACUCAGCACUGGGACCCGCCAGUAUGCAAGUGUUUUUGGGAGAAGGGAUUAAUGAGAAUGAAAAGAAGAGAGCUGAGAUGGAGAUGAACGAGAGAAACCUGAGAGCUCAAAAGGAGGAGAGAGAGAAACAAGAAAGGGAAAAGAAAAACAGAGAGCUGCUAACCGACAGGGAGUUGGUGGAAAAAGACCUCAGGGCAGUGCAGCUGAAUGCCCUGGAGGAGGAGUGCAAAAGAGUGGCUCGCAUUGAACUCAGUCGUUACAAUCAAGAUCAGGCGGAGGAGAGAAUGGAGAGGGAGCGACAAGAGAGACUGAGGAGAGAGGGAGAGGAUCUGGCAGAGCUACGGUACACAGUGACCUCUGACCUCCUGACAGAACGACCAGAGGCUGCGAAGAGAAUAACAGAAUCAUCUGCAGAGGGUCCACGAGUCCUGACCGACCGCUGGAAGGGCAUGACCCCACAGCAGAUCAGUGAUAUCCACAGAAAGAGAGAGGAACAGUGCCUUGAGAAAGAGAGACUGAGAAAGAUGGAGAGGCAGAGAGAUCUGGCCUGGGAUUACCAUCUGACAGAGCAGGCCAGACAGCAGGAGAGAGAGGAGACAAGAGACAAGGAGCUGCAGAGAGAGAGGAGAGCUCAGCUCGAUAAAUACAACCAACAGCUGGCACGAGAGCAGCGAGCGCACCAACACUACCUGGACAGGCAGCUGUAUACAAACCGUCCCAAAGUUCAGUACUUUACCCAGUUCAACACAAGCUCUCGAUAAAGCAGCAUCCCAUUCCAUCCUUCUCCUGCACAAGAAAUAAAGUUCUAGUGGGUUUCAAAGCACUGCGUAUGUUUGACAUUCAUAAAUUGGAUUUUUAGAGAUAUCAUAGAUAACAGUUGCCUUCAUCAAAUUGUAUAUAGCAAUGUAUUUUCACAUAAACAAACAAACUGUAGAUGAUUCCAUUGAUUUUAUUUAAGAAGUAUUUACUUGCACUGGCUGAUUGGUGAUGCAGAUACAAUAUCAAAAGCCAGUUCAUAUCUAGUUAACGUAGCCCACCCUUACUGACCCCUUCAGUCCACAAAGACCACAGGGGAAUGUGACCAAUACAGUCCCACAGCCUCAUUCAUCUGGUCCUUCAUUUAUUUUCACAUCAUAUGCAGUAACAAACAGAACAUACAAGAGGAAUAAGAGACUAUUAUGUCAAGCUUAUUUAUGCAUUAAGCCUACAGUUUAAGAUGCAUUAUGAGCUUGAAUGCGUACAUUUGACAAGUAACAACAGAAACGGCAACGUUCGUUCGCUAGUCAAGCUUUAAAUGGUGCCCUCCCACCCAGUUUUAUUUGCAGUAGCAGAGGGCAGUAUAGUGGAUAUCUGAGAGUCGAUUCACCUCCGAGCUCAAUACACAGUCAAGACACUGACAGAAUACACAAGUCGCCUAGCAGCAGUUCAGUUGAAUAUUGAGUUGAAUAUAAUUUGCAUCACUUCCCCCUCCUGUAAGAAAAUAGAUCUCUUAGAGACUUUUGUCCUGAGUGUGUCUGUACAGCUUUUGUGAGGGAGGCUAACACAGAUCGUGCAGACCCUUCCCAGAGGGCUGGGAAUCA